UAAUUAAAUGCUACCUAAAAUUUAAGGAUAGGCAGUUGGAAGAAAAGAGAAUUUAGCAUCAUAAUAGAUUGUUGAAGAUCAUUUAAAAAAUAUACUAAAAAAAUAAGAAAAUCAAGUAUUUAUUACACCAUAUACUUUUUUAGAAUUACAAAGCAUGGAAGACACCCUAUGCUCCAAAGAAUCCUCAUUCACCAUUUGGUGAUUUUCCAAAAGAAUAUAUUCCUAAGGAGAAAGCUAACUAGCAAAAAGUGUUUGAGCCAGUUCAUGAAACAUCAUAAAAUGCUCUAAUUACUAGUAAGAAUAGAUGUUAAGCAUAAUUAGAUAAAUAUUAAGGGACUCAUUAGGGAACAGGAGGAAGAACAAGUUCAUAAUUAUAAAAGAAGGAAGAGUAUAAACCAGCGCCACCAAAAGCAGGAGCUUAUGAUUAAAGAACAAUUACAGUUUCAGAUUUUAGGAGAUAUUAUGAUAGAGGAGAUUUACCUAUUAAAGUAUCAUAAAAUAUUUAUGUUAAUAGGUUGAUCAUUAAGGAAGUGUCAAUAGAAUUAUAUGGAAAAUAUCACCAGAAUAAUUAGAUUAUCAUCAUUAUUUACCUAUAUUUUUUGAUGGAUUAAGAGUAUCUAUUAUAAAUAUAUUCAAUUAAGGAAAAAAUGGAUCCAUAUAGAUUCUUAGCUAUUUUAGGAACAUAUGGUUUGCUUGAAAGUGGAGGUAAUAAAAUAUUACCUGUUAUUCCUUAAUUAAUUAUUCCAAUUAAAAGUAAUUACAUAUUUUUAUGAUUGACAGCUAAUUUAAAUACAAGAGAUAUAAGUAUUAUGGAAGUGUAAUUAAAAGUGUUGUAAAAACUUGUAUUAAGUGGAGAAAUGGUGGGUGAAGCUUUAGGUAACAAUUUUUAUAAGAUUCCUUAGUCCCUUACUAUAGAUAACUUUUACCAAUAAUGAACUUAUAUAAAAAUAAUAAUUCUAAUUUGGGUGAUAAAAUAGAGUACAAUUAAAGAAAAAGAGUAAAUAUUGGGGAUUUGAUUUAAGAAACACUAGAAUUAUUUGAGUAAACAGGAGGAGAAGUAAAAAUAUUGUAUAUUGUAAAAUAGGAUGCUUACAUAAAUAUAAAAUAUAUGAUACCAACUUAUGAGAGUUGCAUUUUAAAUUGA